CGGUCUCCCGGCUAUAAAAGAGGAGAUGGGCAUCGAACCCUAGGGCUUCUCGGUCUCCUGGUCGUCGCUCCCGCCGAACUCCGCAUCGACCGCAGGAAUGCCGUCGCACAAGACGUUCCGGAUCAAGAAGAAGCUGGCGAAGAAGAUGCGCCAGAACAGGCCGAUCCCCCACUGGAUCCGCAUGAGGACCGACAACACCAUCAGGUACAACGCGAAGCGCAGGCACUGGCGCCGCACCAAGUUAGGGUUUUGAGGACUCCUAGGUGGCGUCCGUUCCCUUCCGUCUCCUUUUAGUAGAUUGUUUUACUUGUUAUCGAUUUUGCUCCAUUAAUGUUAUGGAACUUUAUUGCACUCUGAUUGAUAGUAUUGGUGUGGCUAUGAUGCUUCUGAACUCAAUAUCUUGGUCUCUGUUUGAUAUGAUACCAAUACACAUAGUGACAUAGGGAUGAGUUUUACUGGUGUC